AUGGCCAAAGUGGCUGCCCUCGGACUGCUGCUAUGGGCAAUCCCCUCGGUGGCCGUCAUCGCAACCGUGAAGUCCCCCUGUUUGUCCGUCUGCGGAGGCACCCAGAAGACGAUCGGCGACGAGCUGAUCUGCAACGAUGGCGAUUACAAUGCGACGACGAAAGGGCUGACGAUGAAGAACUGCCUCCUGUGCGAGAGUACCAGUACGACCUACUCGAGCCAGUUCGACAGUGACGUCUACUGGUUCAUCUUCAACCAGAAAUACACCAUCCAGGUCUGCGUCUACGAGAAUUCCGCCUCGACCUCGCUGUCCCCCUGCGAGUCGCAAUGUCUCCCCCUGAAACCCGUCUUCGAGACCCUCUGGUGGAACCGCAACGUGUCGCUGUACAACUACUGCACGCAGAACAACAAUGCCUUUCCAACCUACGCGAGCGGCUGCUCCGAGUGUCUGAGGGCCAAGGCGGGCUCCAAGGUCCUGGGCAAUUUUAUGGAUAAUAUGGCGUCGGCGUGCAAGACGCAGCCCAACGCGACCAAGGGGGAGACGGUGACUCUGGCUCGGCCCUUGUUUGAUCUGAGCGUUGAUUCGAAUGCGACGGCGACGAGUACCGCGGGGCCGACAGCGACGGGGACGGAGACGGAGACGGAGACAGGCACGACGACGUCCUCUCCGACGCCUACAUCCUCAUCCUCAUCCUCAUCCUCGGGGCUAUCAGCAGGGGCAGCUGCAGGAAUUGGGGUGGGUGCUGGCGCCGGCGUCAUCCUCGUCGGGGCGUUGGUCUGGGUUCUGUUCCGCCGCCGACGACGACAUCGCGCUGCAUCACACCAACCUCAAUCGGUGUAUUCGCCCGCUGGUUUAGGAGGUCAGGCAUAUGCGCCACCGAUGCAGCAAGAAGCGCCGUAUGCGGCUGGAUAUGCCGUAGAGAGGAAUCCUUCCAAGCUGGUGGAGGCGCCGGGCACAAGUGAGCAAAAGCCAGGAGGGACAUGGGCGGCCGAACUACCAUCGAACCACUCAUAG